AAUGAUACAAUGGCACACGGAUUUCGACCACCUUACCUUUACAGCAUCUUAAAUAUUGCGGCAUCCACGCUGUGUUGAAAGAUCACUCCCUUUCCUGGCUUCAUAAAUUUGCAGUUGAUCCCGUUCCUACCAGUACUGCAUCUCGUUGCAAACGUCAAAGAUAUGUCACUUAAACGAUACACAGUCCGAGGCAAGAAGAUUACCCCUCCACCACCAGAACCAAAACAAACGUGCAUUAGGAACAAGGCCGAACCUGAUGUGACCAUUGUGGUUGGUGGUGUGGUGUUCAAGGAGUAUGGUCCAAGUCUCCGCUGUUGGAGCCAGUAUUUCGACACGGCCCUUGACAUUGGCAUGAAGGAGUCUGCCACCAAGCACUUUGAGUUCCCUCACCGUGAUCCCAAAGAAUGGGAAUGGAUUGUAUCCUUGAUGGCUCCACUUUCAACAGUGAAGAUUACAAAAGACAAGCUUCUAAUUGCCCUUUCAUGGUUUGAUGAGCUCUGCAGCAGAGCAGGAUUGGAGGAAUGUGACAGAGUUAUUUCCAAUGUUUUGGAACCAUUGGCUGCCGAGCAAACUGAAGAUGUGGCAGCUGCAAUACAUGUAGUAGAGGCACUGGAGACAAGUGUGCAGUAUGGAUUGAUUCAUUCGCAGGAAAACUGUUUUGAACUGUUGCACAUGCUCCUAACCAAAUCGCCCAACACUUUCAGUGAAGAUUCUCUGAGGCGAAUGGUUCUUCUUGUCAAAGGGAAUGAGAAAUGCCGAGAUUCACUCAUGAAGAGUCUGGGAACAUUUUUGCCAAAAUCCAUGACAGCUAAACAGCAAGAGCUGUUGAUCGAGCAUGAUAUCCUUCAUCACUACCUGCAGAGUGAAAUUGCUCUGAAAACUCUGAAACCUCUUGUGCCAAGGCUUGUGGAGAUAGUGAAUGAGCGUGUCAGUCCUUCGUAUGUGCGCUACUUCAAGAACGAUGGAGUUGUGGGGCACCUUUUUGAAUGAUUCUAUCACAUUUGAAGAUUGGUGGGAUGGGAUCCUCAAUCUUUUUUCAGAGUGCCGUCGAUGUUCUUACUUUCUAUUAGAAGUCUGUCAGAUGGGUUUCCGCUUGAGACUGUUUUUCCUCUUUGGUCUAGCUGUGAAGCGUGAACCUUUGUUACAUCCUCCUCCUCCCUUUGUUGCCGCCAGUUUUGUGCUUUGAACUUGGCUACUAGCUAUAGCAGAUAAAAAGAAAUGAAACCGAGCACUGUGUUUGUUGAAAG